ACCGUCCAAAGUCCCAGGCCGGGAGGUCCCAGGUUAGAGCUGGGACACCCAGACGUUCGGGCGCAGGCCUUGCCCUGACCAGCCCCUCCUCCAUUCUCCCUCUCCUCCUUGAGUGCCACCUGCCCCAGUUCUCCUGGCUUUAACCCCUCCUUGCCCAAGGCCAGGGCUGCCUGUGGGAACCAGGUGUCCGUUCUCCACACCUUUAGCAGAUCCAACCCAGGCCACCCACCCAGCCCUCCAUCCCAGCGUCAGCCUCCACGUGAAUCUGCACCUCUGCCCCAGCCCCCAGAGCAACCCCAGCCCAGUCCAGCUCCAGCCCGGGCCCGUCAUGGCCAAGGACUUUCAAGACAUCCAGCAGCUGAGCUCGGAGGAAAAUGACCAGCCGUUCCAGCGAGGUGAGGGGCCAGGCACUCGCGGGCCGAAUCCCAGGAGAGUACAUCCAUUUUGGAAAGGGCCACCUCCUGCCCAGCUCCUGCCACAGCGUCUCUGCUCCACAGUCCGCUUCAGUCUGCUUGCCCUGGGCUCCAACAUCCUGCUGCUGGUGGUGAUCUGCGUGGUUGGGUCCCAAAGUGCACGGCUGCAAGCAGAGCUGCGGACCCUGGAGGAAGCUUUCAGCAACUUUUCCUCAAGCACCCUGAUGGAGAUCUAUGCUCUAGGCAGCCACGGAGGCAGCGUGGGUGACAAGAUAACAUCUCUGGGAGCCAAGCUGGAGAAACAGAAGCAGGACCUGAAAGCAGAUCACGACUCCCUGCUCCUGCAUCUGAAGCACUUCCCCAUGGACCUGCGCUUCCUGACCUGCCAGAUGGAGCUCCUCCAUAGCAACGGCUCCCAAAGGACCUGCUGCCCCGUCAACUGGGUGGAGCACCAAGCCAGCUGCUACUGGUUCUCUCACUCCGGGAAGGCCUGGGCCGAGGCGGAGAAGUACUGCCAGCUGGAGAACGCGCACCUGGCGGUCAUCAACUCCUGGGAGGAGCAGAAAUUCAUCGCACAGCACACGAACCCCUUUCACACCUGGAUAGGUCUCACGGACAGCGAUGGCUCCUGGAAAUGGGUGGAUGGCACAGACUACAGUCACAACUACAAGAACUGGGCUGUCACUCAGCCUGAUGACUGGCACGGGCAUGAGCUGGGCGAAAGUGAAGACUGUGCUGAAAUCCGGCCAGACGGCCGCUGGAACGAUGACUUCUGCCUGCAGGUGCACCGCUGGGUGUGUGAGAAGAAACGAAAUAUCACCGGCGAGGUGGCCUGACCCCAGCGCACCUCUGUCUAACCCGUGGCCCGCAGCUGCCCAGCUCUGGCUUCUCUGUUGAGGGUUUUGAAGAAAGGAAGAAAAAUGGAGACAGGGGUAUGGGGAAGAGCUGAGCAAAGAGAGAAAGGAGGCAGUUUGAGUCCUUGACCCUGGAGGGCGGAGAUCCCACGUCCUUCCCUAAUUCAUUGUCAUUGUUAGAAUUGUCAGCCUCUUCAGUGGAGUAGGAAAAGAAGAAACAAAUACUCGAAUCUC